GAAGAAUUGAUAAAAAUCCGUUUAGAAAAUUUGAGCAAAGAAUUGCAAACUAGCGGCACUACUCUUACUCAAAUUAAUAAUAUUCUUUUAGCCCCUAUGCAAAGGGGUCGCUUGGGUAAUACUCAGUUAGACCAAUUGCUAUCUUUAUAUUUGCCCAAAGAUGACAAAGUUUAUCAAUUAGAAUAUCGCUUAAAAAAACCGACCGGUAAAGGAGGAUUUUUAAUUGUUGACGCCAUUAUUUUCGGCAUUGAUGGUAAAAAUAAUAUCGCCAUUGACAGCAAAUUCCCUCUAGAAAAUUUUCUUUUGCUUCACAAAGAAAACCUUUCUGAUUUAGAAAAAAAAGAAAUUGAGAAGAAUUUCAAAAAUAAUCUUAAAGACCAUAUUAAGAAAGUUGCCGAAUAUGUUUCAGAAUUAGAUGGUACCGACCAUGCUAUAAUGUUUAUUCCCUCCGAGGCUGUUUUUGCUAAAAUUAAUGAACACGGCUAUUACGAAAUUAUGGAAUUCGCUUUGGAAAGGAAAGUUUCUUUAUUUACUAAAUCAAAUAAAACCUUAGAAGAAUUUAAUAUUAGUGUACAAAAAUUAGUGAAAAAAGGGGAAGGAAUUCGGAAAAGAAAGGCAGUUCCUCUUAGUGAAAAAGAGAAAUUAGAGGAAAAAGACCAAGAAAAUUUGGGUGAAUAA